UCUUUCCGAAAGUUCCAUUAUUUUCUUCAUUGCUUAAUCCCUCAAGAAAAAUCAGAUUUUGCGCGGGUCAACUCAACCAACCGCGUCAUUUGUUUCCUCCUCCCUAUAUUGACUGAGGUUUGAAGUUAAAGUGGAGGGAACCCUAGGCUCAACUGUAUGGUUUAGUGAUGCAGCCUGCAAUUUGCUCUUUAAAGGAUCGAUCUUUCUGUCACAUUUGGUAAAUCAUAAGUUGCAGGUGGAUGUUGGGUGUGUUAUCCAGGAAUCCGACUUCAUUGGUGCUGAGGUAGCUUAAUAAGGGAGCUAGAAUGGGGUUCAAGCUCCAGACAAAUGCUUGACUUGUGGGCCAUUUUCAUGAUUCCAUCAACUCUCCUUGGAGAGCUUGUUUUCUUCAGAUGGUUCAGUUUCUAGCCUAAUAUCAAAACCUAGUAGAGACGUGGAAAGAAAAGGUAUUCAGAUUUUAUGGCUCAGAUGGAGUGUAUAUACAUUAGUUCAUCAGAUGAUGACUUGGAUCUGGAGGAGAUACAAAAUCCAAAUUAUGGAAAUCGUUCUGGUUGGCCUGCUCGUGAAAGCAAUUCUGGUUAUGGGGGAGGGCUUACACUUGAUAGUUCUUCGAGAUGGGCAAAUACUUCAAAUGCAAGCUCUUCUGGUGCUUAUAAUCAUUCACCAUCUGAGCGCUAUACUGAACCAGUGUCCAGCGGUUAUAUGCCUAAUCGCAGAGUUGCAUAUGGAGAUGGAUCUUUCAAUGUUUCCGAGAAUGGAAACACAAGUCAGUUUCAGACAAUUAAUUCUCGAAUUGCUAAAUCUUCUGGUGCUGAUUAUGAGAAAAUACCAUCCCAACAAGCUUUGAAGAGGACCCUUUUGUCAUCGCCUCUGCCAGCUGCAACAAAACCACUUCCAUCUUCUCUUCAGUCUUUUGCACCAGGAAGUAGCAUGAUCAGUGAGCAGAGCACUUUGCGUGAUAGCUAUGGAAGGGGCAAUGAUGAACGUGUGAUGUAUCAAAAUGGUGGGAUUAGGAUUCUUCCUCCGCCUAUGAUUCAUGGAAAGUCUAUAUCGAACACACAGCUAGCUAGUUCAAGUGAAGCUGUAUACCGUUCUGGGCCAGGGGAAGAAAGGGCCUCGGAAAAUGAUGAGAGACUAAUUUAUCAGGCGGCACUGGAGGACCUCAACCAGCCAAAAUUUGAAGCUAAUUUACCUGAUGGUUUAAUGUCUGUGUCGCUUCUGAGGCAUCAGAAAAUUGCAUUGGCUUGGAUGCUUCAGAAGGAAACGAGAAGUUUGCAUUGCUUGGGGGGAAUUCUGGCUGAUGAUCAGGGUCUUGGAAAGACAAUUUCGAUGAUUGCCCUCAUACAAAUGCAGAGGUCAUUGCAGUCGAAAUCGAAAGCAGAUGAGACGAGCAAUCAUAAAGCUGAAGCAUUAAAUUUGGAUGAGGAGGAAGAAAAUGAUGAUGCUGGUGGUACUGUGGAAAAAUCUAAAAAUAAUGAAGAAGAUGAUAUAAAACCUAUGCCUGAAUCAGUUAGUUCAUCUUCAACAAGGGUGGUUAGCAGGAAAAGACCAGCUGCUGGUACACUGGUUGUUUGCCCUGCCAGUGUUCUCCGACAGUGGGCAAGGGAGUUGGAUGACAAAGUAGGAGAUGAAGCUAAGCUCUCUGUGUUGAUUUAUCAUGGGGGUAAUAGGACUAAGGAUCCUGUCGAACUUGCAAAAUAUGAUGUUGUUCUCACAACAUAUUCGAUUGUAACUAAUGAGGUUCCAAAGCAACCUUUAGUUGAAGAGGAUGAAGUUGAUGAAAAAAUGGGGGAAAAAUUUGGGUUAUCCUCUGACUUUGCUUUUGGUAAAAAGAGGAAAAAGGCUUAUAAUGCAAAUAAAAAGAGUAAAAAAGGUAAAAAGGGAAUUGACAGUUCUUUUGAUUCUGCAUCUGGUGCCCUCGCAAAAGUUGGCUGGUUCAGGGUCAUUCUAGACGAGGCUCAAACAAUAAAGAAUCAUAGAACUCAGGUGGCUAGAGCUUGCUGCAGCCUUCGAGCCAAAAGACGGUGGUGCUUAUCUGGAACGCCUAUUCAAAAUGCUAUUGAAGACCUUUAUAGCUACUUCAGAUUCCUCAAGUAUGAUCCUUAUGCUGCAUAUAAAUCAUUCUACAACACAAUAAAAGUGCCGAUAUCCAAAAAUUCUAUUCAAGGUUACAAGAAGCUUCAAGCGGUUCUUAGGGCUAUAAUGCUACGUCGUACUAAAGGAACAUUGAUUGAUGGACAGCCUAUAAUCACUCUGCCCCCUAAAACUGUUAACCUGAACAAGGUGGAUUUCUCCAUUGAGGAGCGGGACUUCUACACCAAGUUGGAAGCAGAGUCACGCAGUCAAUUUAAGGCAUAUGCUGCUGCUGGCACCGUCAAUCAAAAUUAUGCAAAUAUUCUUUUAAUGCUUUUACGUCUCCGUCAGGCCUGCGACCACCCACUUCUUGUUAAAGAUUAUAGUUCUGAUUUUGUUGGGGAAAAUUCGAUAGAAAUGGCAAGAACCCUUCCAAGGGAGAUGCUAGUCAAUCUUUUCAAUUGUUUGGAAGCGUCCUUUGCAAUAUGUAAAGUUUGCAAUGAUACACCUGAUGAUCCAGUUGUUACCAUGUGUGGCCAUGUUUUCUGUUAUCAGUGUGUAUCAGAACAUUUGACGGGUUAUGAAAACAUGUGCCCGGCUGCUGAUUGUAAAGAACAAAUUGGUGAUGAUGUUGUCUUCUCCAAAGCUACAUUGAGAAGUUGCAUCUCUGGUGACCAUCGUGAUAAUGGUUCUUCAGAUUCACGUCUUGAUUAUUCAGUUGUGCUGCAGAGUAAUUACGGUUCAUCUAAAAUCAAGGCACUCCUUGAGAUUCUGGAGCUACAUUUGAGUUGCUCUGGCCGUUCUAGAAAUUCACUGCCUUCUGAAACUUCAGAUACUGAAGACUUUGAUUCUGAUGUGAUUGUUACAAAGCAUACAAGAAAAUGUUCGGAGAGCACAACUGACGGACCAAUGAAGGCUAUUGUUUUUUCCCAGUGGACUAGCAUGUUGGACUUGGUCGAAGAUUCACUGAAGGACUCUGGCAUUCGAUACAGGAGACUUGAUGGCACCAUGACACUGGUUGCAAGGGAUAAGUCCGUUAAGGAUUUCAAUACUAAUCCUGAGGUAACUGUCUUGCUGAUGUCGCUAAAAGCAGGAAACCUUGGUUUGAACUUGGUUGCUGCUUGUCAUGUUAUUCUUUUAGAUCUUUGGUGGAAUCCAACAACCGAAGACCAAGCUGUUGAUCGAGCUCACAGGAUUGGACAGACGCGCCCUGUUACUGUGACACGGCUCACUAUAAAAGAUACAGUUGAAGAUAGAAUAUUGGCUCUCCAGGAAGACAAGAGAAAAAUGGUCGCAUCAGCUUUUGGUGAAGAUCAAGCCGGUGGGACGGCAACGCGCCUAACAGUGGAUGACCUAAAAUAUCUUUUCAUGGUCUGAGAAAAUGGUGCUUGCUUUUUGUUCCAGUCAUGUUGGAUGAUCUGAAUCAGUCCAAGCUUUGUUGUGGACAGCAAGGUAUGUAGUCGAAGAUGGGUGGAUAUGGCGGGCAGUUCGGUUAUAUAUGACUGCAUUUUUUGGUGUCCCUUUAUGGGUCGGUGACAUUGGAUAGGGAAGGCUGGUUUAUCGCGGUCCUACCUCAAAAUAGGUUAUGAAGCCCUGAAAGGGCAUUUUUGUCCCCCCCCCCCCCCGGGCGGCAACAGCUGUGUAGUAUAAAGCUGUCUGUAAAUAUACCAGUUAGUGAUUUUGAUUCUCUGUGAAAAAUUUCCCUGAGCAGCCGACCUCCUCUUUUUAUAUUAUUAUAUUUACAGAAUUCUUUA